UAGCCACUCCUACGGCUGUCAUGGUUGGUACUGGAGUUGGUGCAACACAAGGUAUGUUGAUCAAAGGGGGCAAGCAUUAGAAAAUGCACACAAGACCCACUGGCAUGACCAUGAUAUGAGACAAAGACACCAAUGCUAAAGCCUGUUGGAAGAAAAGGCCAUUUCUUAAAGUCUGGAAAACAAAGAUAAAAGGCAAGAUGCACAUAUGGAGAUUGUUGUGGCAAUAAUGGCCGAAUUAAAUACUGGAGAUGGCAUUACAAAGUCAAUGGAGCCCAUGACGUUUAGCCCAACUUGAAAGGGGAACUCCAUGCUGCAAUUAAAGGCGUCGUUUAAUAUUUCCCCAUCACAUUAAUGACUCAUGUCAUGCUAGCGCAAAGUCAUUGGUUAUUUAUCAGUAAACUCCCUUAAUUUUAAAAUCCAAUUAACUAUUAGAAAUCAAAAAAUAACAUUACUUGUAAACAGUCUAAAGACGAAAAUACCAACAGACACAAAUACUAGUCGCUGUUCCUUAACCAAGGAAUUUAUGAUUCAAAUCCUAAUCUUAAUAUAAAAUAAAUAAUAUUGAAAAAAUAUUUAUCUAAUGCGCACUCACGAAAAAUUAAUCACAACUAUAGAGUGAAUAGUUAAUAGUAAUACCAUGUUCUAUAAGCCGUUUUUUGGAAGUUGGUAAGUUCAAAUAGAUUUAUACAAAAGAAAUAGUAGAGUGCUACGAGCCUAGUCAGCAGCAGCUUAUGUGCACUUUGGGUUGGAUACGAAUGAGAUGUGAUGCGAGGUGACAUACAUAAGAUAAGAUGAAGAUGGGCGCAAUGCGCAUGGUAGCAUUAGCAGUUACCAGAGAAGAGAAACGAAAGUUACGAAACUAUAAAUAGAAAAGGGACGAGUCAGAGUCAGAAGCUGAAGCACGGGUAGCCUUUGUCUUUUACACCUUGCAUUGGAGACAGUGUCUGUCUGUGUUGUUGUUGGCAUUCACCUCUCAGAACUUAGUAAUAUAAUGCCAUUGUGUUUGUUUGUGGUCACCCAUUCUAUUCUAUUUCUAACCUGACCAGUGACUGUGAGCACCAACCACUUCUUUUCCCUCCUCCUCUCCCACUCAAACACAAACACGCCUUUUUAUUUUUUUUUGUUGCUUCCUCCUCGUCACUUCCACCAUAAACGAGGUAUUCUUAACUAAGAUCUUGUUUUAAGAAGCAGAUCCACUACAUAGUCCAUACUGCAACUUUUUCUCUCCUUUUCUAAUUUUUUUUAAUCUUUUACUGUUAUUUAAGAGCCUUCAUUUUUUUAUCAUCGUGCAUGAUGUUGUUGUUAAGUCAUACUAGUAUUUGUUUAUUUAUUUUCUUUUAAAUUUGUGGGAUGAGUCCAUUCACCUACGCAAAGCUCAUGUGUGCGUGCCGUGUUUAAUGGAUCACUAACUUGGAGCUGAAAAAGCAUGCAAUGCCACAUGCUCAUUUCUUUAAAUGCGUGUUACAUAACAACGGGUUUGCACUUGAGCUAGAUUUAUGAAGAAGUAAAUUUUGACCCCCAUUUUGCUUUUCUCCUGCUAAGCCUCAUAUUUGCUUAUAGUUUGGUUUGGUGCUCGCUAACUCUACUCUUAUUUCUAGUGGCUUUGCAUUGAUCCAUCCCAUUGCUCACUGAACAGAAAAAAGAACAAAUCUUGUUGAACUUGUUACUCGUUUAGAUCCCUUGCAAAUCUGCUCUCCAAGGUAUCUACAGUUAUCGAGUUGUUCCCACUAGCCAAAAUCUCAUUUGGAAAUAGAAACCUGACUGCCACAUUCAAUUAUGAACAACUUCAAGUUAGGGGUAGAUGUGGUUAGUGCUCACAAUCUAUUACCCAAAGAUGGGCAAGGUUCAUCCAAUGCCUUUGUGGAACUUUACUUUGAUGGACAAAAGUACCGUACGACCAUCAAAGAAAGGGAUCUUAACCCAGUUUGGAAUGAGAGCUUCUACUUCAAUAUAUCUGACCCUUCUAAUCUUCACUAUAUGGCACUUGAUGUCUAUAUCCACUGCCACACCAAAGCUACUAACUCCACUUCUUUUCUUGGCAAGGUUAGCCUUACCGGGACUUCUUUUGUCCCUUACUCUGAUGCAGUUGUCUUGCACUAUCCAUUGGAGAAGCGUGGUAUUUUCUCUCGUGUAAGAGGAGAGAUUGGCCUUAAAGUUUACAUCACUAAUGAUCCAACCAUAAAAUCAUCCAUUCCAACUCCUGUUGUUGAGUCCAUGCCAACAAAUUAUUCAAGCUCAACACAUUCAGAAGUUCGAGCACCUGCAAGCACAAUGACAAACAGUUUGCCGAAUGAAAAGGUUGAGUCAAGACACACAUUUCAUCAUCUCCCUAACACAAACCAUCACCAGCACCAACAGCACUCCUCUGGCUUUGCAGAUACUCAUUAUGUAACAAAGUAUGAAGCUGAUGCAAUGAAAUCUGAACCACAGCCUAUGAAACUAGUACGCACUGCUACAUCAGUACAACCAGUUGAUUUUGCACUUAAAGAAACAAGUCCAUAUCUUGGUGGGGGAAGAGUUGUUGGUGGUCGUAUUGUUCAUAAAGACAAGACUGCUAGUACAUAUGAUCUUGUGGAAAGGAUGUACUUUCUGUAUGUCAGAGUUGUCAAGGCUCGUGAGCUUCCUGCUAUGGAUGUUACUGGUAGCCUUGAUCCAUUUGUUGAGGUGAGAAUUGGAAAUUACAAAGGUAUUACCAGACACUUCGAUAAGAAUCAGAGUCCUGAAUGGAAUCAGGUGUUUGCAUUUUCAAAGGACCGGAUGCAAGCAUCUGUACUUGAUGUUGUGAUCAAGGACAAGGAUCUCAUCAAAGAUGAUUUUGUAGGCAUUGUGAGGUUUGACAUCAAUGAGGUUCCUUUGAGAGUACCACCAGAUAGCCCUUUGGCUCCAGAGUGGUACCGCCUUGAGGACAAGAAAGGAGAGAAGAAUAAAGGUGAGUUGAUGCUUGCUGUCUGGAUUGGUACUCAAGCAGAUGAGGCUUUUUCUGAUGCAUGGCAUUCAGAUGCCGCCACUCCUGUUGACAGCACACAUGCGAUCUCUGCAGUGAUGCGUUCAAAGGUCUAUCAUGCACCAAGGUUAUGGUACGUGCGUGUCAAUGUUGUGGAGGCGCAAGACUUGGUUCCUACAGAGAAAAACCGUUUCCCUGAUGUGUAUGCCAAGGUGCAGAUAGGAAACCAAGUGCUGAAAACAAAGACAGUUCCAGCACGAACACUAAGCGCACUCUGGAAUGAAGAUCUUUUGUUUGUUGCUGCUGAACCUUUUGAAGACCAUUUAAUUAUUUCAGUUGAAGAUCGGGUUAGUCCAGGAAAAGAUGAGAUCAUUGGGAGGAUCAUCAUACCACUGAACUCCGUGGAAAGGCGUGCAGAUGAUAGAAUCAUUCAUUCUAGAUGGUUCAACCUGGAAAAGCCAGUUGCUAUAGAUGUUGAUCAGUUGAAGAAAGAAAAGUUCUCAAGCAGAAUUCAGCUCCGGUUAUGUUUAGAUGGAGGAUAUCAUGUUCUUGAUGAGUCAACUCAUUACAGUAGCGACCUCCGCCCGACAGCAAAGCAGCUGUGGAAGCCACCAAUUGGGGUUUUAGAACUUGGAGUGCUGAAUGCUGUAGGACUCCAUCCAAUGAAAACAAGGGAUGGUAGGGGCACAUCUGACACAUACUGUGUAGCAAAAUAUGGUCACAAAUGGGUCAGAACAAGGACCAUUGCUGAUAAUCUGUGUCCAAAAUACAAUGAGCAAUACACUUGGGAGGUUUUUGAUCAUGCCACGGUUCUUACAGUUGGUGUAUUUGACAACAGCCAGCUCGGGGAAAAAGCUAAUGGUUCUUCAAAGGACUUGAAAAUUGGGAAGGUCAGAAUUCGCAUCUCUACACUGGAAACAGGCAGGAUUUACACUCACUCAUAUCCAUUGUUGGUUCUUCACCCAACCGGGGUUAAGAAGAUGGGUGAACUUCACUUGGCAAUACGGUUUUCAUGCACUUCUUUUGCAAACAUGCUUUACCUAUACUCACGACCACUGCUGCCCAAAAUGCACUACGUAAGGCCAUUCUCUGUGACGCAGCUAGACAUGCUGCGUCACCAAGCAAUGAACAUAGUGGCUGCUAGACUUGGCCGGGCAGAGCCACCACUUCGCAAAGAAGUGGUGGAAUACAUGUCAGAUGUGGACUCCCACCUUUGGAGCAUGCGGAGAAGCAAGGCGAAUUUCUUCAGACUGAUGACUGUCUUCUCUGGUGUGUUUGCAGUUGGAAAAUGGUUUGGUGAUAUCUGCAUGUGGAGGAAUCCUAUCACAACAGUGCUGGUUCAUGUGCUCUUUCUCAUGCUUGUUUGCUUCCCAGAAUUGAUCCUUCCCACUAUUUUUCUGUACAUGUUCUUGAUAGGGGUAUGGAACUUCAGGUAUAGACCAAGGUACCCUCCUCACAUGAACACAAGAAUCUCACAAGCUGAGGCAGUGCACCCGGAUGAGUUAGAUGAAGAGUUUGACACAUUCCCUACGAGUCGUAGCCCGGACCUAGUGAGAAUGAGGUACGAUCGCUUGAGGAGUGUGGCUGGAAGGAUUCAAACAGUGGUUGGUGAUUUGGCCAGCCAGGGAGAGAGGAUUCAGGCACUGUUAAGCUGGAGAGACCCGCGUGCUACAUCCAUAUUUAUUACAUUGAGUCUCCUAUCUGCGUUGGUGCUCUAUGUUACUCCUUUUCAGGCUGUGGCUGGUUUGGCAGGGUUUUACAUCAUGAGGCAUCCCAGAUUUCGCCACAGGCUGCCAUGUACCCCAGUCAACUUCUUCCGGCGCCUCCCUUCAAGAACAGAUACCAUGUUAUAGGUAAGUGAUUUUUCAAACCAGUUUUUUUUUCUCCUUUUUAUUGUUUUAUCUGGUAUUCGCUGUGUUUUAAUUUUGUAACGCUAUAGUUUGUGAUACUCCCUAGCAAGCUCAAGAUUUGUAUGUGGAUUAUAAUUCUUUUUCUUCUAUUUCUAAUGUUUUGGGCUUUGACUUGCA